GUUCACCCUGUGCGGGUUGCUGCUUUUGCUGAGCAGUUUGGUCAAGGUGCAGGCUCCAACGUUGUCUGGGGUCCGAUAAAACGUUGGACUCUGGAAAGCGAGGCGGUAUCAAGUGUCAUCAACCCAGAUUUUACUGAUGCUGAGGCCGUACGACAGUUUGAUAAGGUUAGAAGGCACGUGCAGUGUGUCUUUGCUGCCAAGGCGCACUUAUGGGGUAAUGAUUGGAAUCCCCAGGCUUGCGGUGCAGAGGGCGAGGAAGCCAUUCUUGCAGUGAACGUGGCUCUAUGUCUUCCACGGCUGAUGCGCUUCUGCCUGAUGGUCAAGCAGGGAUUUGCCUUGGAUGGCUUCGUGUUUGAAGUACGUGGAAAGAGCUAUUCUUCUGAUCUUACGAGUUUCGCGCUCACUGUUCGGAGAGUUCUGGCAGGCCUCAGUGCCGGUGAUCCGUCGGGUACAGAUUGCUUUAAGGGAAAAAUAGAGGGCCGUGGUUGGUAUUUUCAAUUUGCUCGAGAGCCGUUCUUCGUGACAACUUUCGCGCCAUGCUACGACGAGUCCCAUCCUCGAUUCCAGUUUCAUCAAAGCUCGGAUUCUUGUUUCAUUCUGCUCCAGCCAGAGGAGUCUUUUUUGCGGCACGACCUUCCUCCUGAUAAGCCACGAAGUGCAACAAGUUGGGAGAGACCAGCAGAUGUUCGUGAUCGCAUCAGGGCCAACUUUCGCCGUCACGGACGAGAGUACCGGAUUCCUGAGACGACCUCGUACCCGCCUGCGGACUUCAUUGUGGCACCUCUGGAUGCACUGCAUGAUCCUCCUGUGAGGUUCUGGGAGUCAACACGCCAGCAGGCUGACAAGAAGGAGUCAAGUGCCAUAAAUGCGGUGGCCUUUCCAGCGCCGCACCUGGGCAAGGCGUUCUACCAGGAUGAGCUCCUCCGGAGGCGUGACCUAGUAUUCUUGAAGACCAACGAAGAUGAGAGCAUCCCAGCUUGUCAUGUCAAAGCACAGCGAAGGCUCUCGUUCCUUUCCACGCCCCCAGCAACGAUCCUUUACAGCCACGGAAACGCUGAGGAUGUAGGGCUGCAUCUCGAUUACAUAGAUGCUCUCGCAGAAUACACGGGCGCAGAUGUGUUCAGUUACGAAUAUGUUGGUUACUCACUCUCCCGGCUGGCUGGUCACUCACCGUCGGAGGACGGAUGCAUACGCAGCAUUGAUGCAGCUUGGCGGUACUUGGUGGAUGAGGAGAAGAUCCCUCCGAAACGGAUUGUAAUCUUCGGACGAUCGAUAGGUUCUGGUCCCAGCGUGGAUCUGGCUUCUCGGAGUCAGGUGGAGGGCACAGAGUUUUCACCCUUGGAUGCAGCUGGGGUGAUUCUCCAAUCUCCCUUGGAGAGUGGGGCAUGUGUGGUGAUGGGUGGCACAGCCGCCACGCUGGGGUACUAUUUGGACAUCUUCCGCAACUACGAGAAGAUUGGCAAGAUCAAAGCUCCGGCCGGGUUGAUCUGUCCUAUGCACAUUCGUUUGCUUCCUUUAUACUUCGGGCAGCACCCUAUGUAG